CUCGCGCCGACCUGACGCGCGGCGUGGACACUCGGCCCCGAGCGCCGAGCCGGCUCCCGGUCCAGUGAGGCUCAUUCUGGCGGCGUGCUCUCAGGACGAUCCUCGGUGGCCGUGGCCGUGCCCGCGGCGGGACUUCGGUGCAGCUCCUCGAGGGUGAGACCCCCGAGCGCGCGUGCGGCGCCACCAUGAGGGCGCGGCCGCGAGUUUGCGAGGCGCUGCUCUUCGCCCUGGCGCUCCAGACCGGCGUGUGCUAUGGCAUCAAAUGGCUGGCGCUGUCCAAGACCCCGGCGGCCCUGGCGCUGAACCAGACGCAGCACUGCAAGCAGCUGGAGGGGCUGGUGUCGGCGCAGGUGCAGCUGUGCCGCAGCAACCUGGAGCUCAUGCACACCGUCGUGCACGCCGCCCGCGAGGUCAUGAAGGCCUGCCGCAGGGCCUUCGCCGACAUGCGCUGGAACUGCUCCUCCAUCGAGCUCGCCCCCAACUACCUGCUUGACCUGGAGAGAGGGACCCGGGAGUCAGCCUUCGUGUAUGCACUGUCGGCGGCCGCCAUCAGCCACGCCAUCGCCCGGGCCUGCACCUCCGGCGACCUGCCCGGCUGCUCCUGCGGCCCUGUCCCAGGUGAGCCACCCGGGCCCGGGAACCGCUGGGGAGGAUGUGCGGACAACCUCAGCUACGGGCUCCUCAUGGGGGCCAAGUUUUCCGAUGCUCCUAUGAAGGUGAAAAAAACAGGAUCCCAAGCCAAUAAACUGAUGCGUCUACACAACAGUGAAGUGGGGAGACAGGCUCUGCGCGCCUCUCUGGAAAUGAAGUGUAAGUGCCAUGGGGUGUCUGGCUCCUGCUCCAUCCGCACCUGCUGGAAGGGGCUGCAGGAGCUGCGGGAUGUGGCUGCUGACCUCAAGACCCGCUACCUGUCGGCCACCAAGGUGGUGCACCGACCCAUGGGCACCCGCAAGCACCUGGUGCCCAAGGACCUGGAUAUCAGGCCUGUGAAGGACUCGGAGCUCGUCUAUCUGCAGAGCUCACCCGACUUCUGUAUGAAGAACGAGAAGGUGGGCUCCCAUGGGACGCAAGACAGGCAGUGCAACAAGACGUCCCACGGCAGUGACAGCUGCGACCUCAUGUGCUGCGGACGCGGUUACAACCCCUACACAGACCGCGUGGUUGAGCGCUGCCACUGCAAAUACCACUGGUGCUGCUACGUCACCUGCCGCAGGUGCGAGCGCACCGUGGAGCGCUACGUCUGCAAGUGAGGCCCGGCCCACCCCAUGGGCGCCCUCGGAGGCCCCGCCAGGGGACCAGAGACGCCCUGUGGAGUUUAGCUCGGGAAUUCCAGAUGCCAGGCAUGGGAGGUGGCUUCUGCUCUGCCUCCACUUGGAAAUUGCCAGGAACAGAAGGCCCGGCCACUCUGGAAGGGGGGGCCAGGACAUCAAAGGAGACCGACAAGAUUAAAAAUAACCUGGCAGCCAGAGCCUGGGAGUGCCCACUCGCUGCCUUCCAGGCUUGUUGAAGAAGCCAGGGGCAUGGGUUUGGCAAGACUGGUGUGGACUUGACCUUUCUCAGCCAGAGACACCAGCCUCCCGGGAAGGGAGGUCUCUCUGCCGGCCAUCCUCAGAGUGUUCUGCAUGCCCAGCCCGUGCGACACCCCCCCCCGCCCCCCGCCCACCCCAGGGUCUGAGCCUGCUGGGCGCACCACAUGGAACCACUAGCUUGGGUUGUAAAUGUUUUUUGUUUUGUUUUGUUUUGUUUUGUUUUGUUUUGUUUUCUUCCUCUGGGAUGUGGGAGCUACAGAAAUAUUUAUAAAACAUAGCUUUUUCUUUGGGGUGGCUUGCCUCAAUUCCUCUUUAUAUAUUUUAUAUAUAUAUAUAUAAAUAAAUAUAUAUAAUGAUCUCUAUUUU